AUGGACGAUGGCAACGAGGUCAUAGCAAAGAUUCCGUGUCCAAAUGCCGGCCCACCCUCGCUGACCACAGCUUCUGAGGUUGCCACUCUGAAGUUUCUACGUUCUAGGACGUCUAUUCGGGUCCCGGAAAUUUUUGCCUGGAGCUCUGACGCUGCCAAUCCGGUCGGCGCGGAGUUUAUAAUCAUGGAAAAGAUUAGGGGAGUUGCCUUGUCAGAGACAUGGGAGGUAAUGAGCACCUUGGAGCGCUACAAAAUAAUCGACCAAGUUGUACAAAUUGAGAAGGAGCUUGGCAAUAUCUCAUUUCCAGCAUACGGCAGUCUUUUUCUUCGUGACUCGUUACCUGCUGCGUGUCGACAGUAUCCGCUACCUGCAGAGCUAGAUCCGGAAGGACUAUUUUGCAUUGGACCGUCCUGUAAACGAACCUGGUGGCACGGCAAUUUCGUUGACAUAUUCCAAUCGGUGUCAAAAGAUAUAGGCCCUUGGACGUCCUUCCCAGAAUAUGCGCUAUCGAUUAUCCAGCGAGAGCUUGCUCAUAUUAGAAGUUCAAGAGCGGAGGUGCAACGCCAACUCCAUAAAUUCGACGAAUCCCAGUCGAUCGAUGAAUAUGAAAGUCUUCUGGAAAAAGUGAACAUGGCCCUACCAAUUUUGUCUUGCGACCCACGCGUGGCAGACGCUUCAGACCCUGUAGUGUGGCAUACUGACUUACAUCUGGGAAAUAUUUUUGUUUCACCAAAUGAGCCUAGUAUUAUUGAAGGAAUUAUUGAUUGGCAAUCAUCUCAGAUUUGUCCUUUGUUCAUACAAGCUCGCUUCCCCGAGUUCCUUACGCCACCCAAGGGCUACACUUUUGGCCCCGACUUACCCGCCUUACCGGACGGUUUCGAUGACCUUAGUCCCGAGCAAAAGGAUCAGGCUGCCAACGAGAAUGAGUUAGCUUCGAGGUCAAAAUAUUACGAGAUGUCCAGCCUUGCACAUAAUUAUCGCAUUUAUAAUGCUAUGAAACUUGACUCCAGGUUGUGGGAGCCCUUCACUUACUGCCAACUAUUCUCCCAGGGUAGCUUGUUUCCCCUACGCCGUUGUUUGAUUCGUUUAUACCAGGACUGGUCUUCGCUGGGGCUCCCGGGCAGCUGCCCCUUUCUGAUAUCAGAAAAUGAUCUUGAAAGGCACGAUGAACAAAAAUUGCAAUAUGAGGACAGGCUUUAUCUGUGUGAUCUUGUGAAGAGCCAGCUUUUCACUGAUGAUGCUGGCUGGGUUUCGAAUGGCCGAUGGGAAGCGACAAAAAAGGCAAAUAAGGAACUGUACAAUAUGUAUAUUGAAACAAUGAGUGAAGAGCUCACGCCUCAAGCAGCCGCGAAAAACUGGCCUUUUCCGCCGUAA